UCUGCAUCCAAACCCCCCUCCCCUCACAACCAACACCCCCCCCCAUUUCCAGUUCUGGAGGCGAUACGCUGUCCUCUUGCCUUUUCGUCCCGAAACUCUUUUUUUAUUUUUAUUUUUUUUCCCUCCCUUCUGGCUGUACCGCCCCCCCUUUUCCCCCGCUGCAGAUCCGCCCGAGAGAUGCAUGGCCGAUUCCACUCCUGUGUACUUGCACUGACGGACGACUACUAAUUCUGCGACCGGCGGUGGAGGGGAGAAGCGUUAGGGGACCUCCCCAGCAUGAAGACUCCUCCGCUUCCAUCGCCGGCCAAGGCACCCUCGCCUGUGGCCGCGUCUCAUACACAUCUACGGCGCCCGUCUCGACAGGACUUGGAGAGCCCUGCUGUUUCGAAUCUGGACGGACCCGUGGCCGGAGCCCAGGAUGUCAGGUCCCCCCUCGCUUAUCGACAGGACAUGAAUGUGUCGACCCCGAUGCUCGAGCAGGACUUUGACAGCCGGAUCGACGGUCCCGACAGGGUUGCGGAUAAGAAGAAGCAGGACACCGAUGCGCGGACGUUGGAAGAGCUACGGAGACGGAUGGAGGAGACUCUCGUCUAUCAACAGUCACUGCAAAAAUCGUACACGUUUCCGAAUCGUGAUCUGUCGUCGCCCGAGUCGUCGGAAAGGAAGAGCGGCGGUUCAUCACCAACAUCACCGUCUCGCGCACUGCCCUCGUCGGAUGCUCAAUCGUCGAAUUCCUAUGCGGACUCCGUCGGGUCGAGUAAUACGGUCAGAGCCACGACCCCGUUCAAGACGCCCAAGGAAUGUCCGACGCCGUCCUACCCUUUCCCAGUCAUGAAUGAUCGUGAAGCUCAUCUACAGGAACCGUUCACUCUGGUUUUCCCCGGUAGCAAUCUGAAAUCUAGGUCGAAGAAGGGAGAAACCGCUGCCCCGUUGACAUCGGUGCCGCGCAACGUGUUUCUUCCGCCGGGCGCGACGACCGUGGCGGAGGAUCCCUCGUACCCGAGUCCCAGUCUUUACGACGUGACGCUGAAAUUGAAUUCGGACCCAGGCUUGGAUGCGUGGUGGACUAAUGUCGUGGACAUCCUACAGACACAUUAUGGCGCGGAACGGGCAACGCUUGCCGUCCCGGGUGAUUUGACGGACCUCGAAAACAUACCGUGGGGCCAGAAAGCGACCUUCAACCCGGAUGGAGUUCACCAAGAAGACAGUAACCCGGUUCCUGAGCCGUCGGUCGAUCCCCGAUCUGCAAGCGCCACUCUCUCCCAAGUGGAAUCGAUCAAGAAACAGGAAGACUCAGUGUCUCCCUUGAAGAUGAAGGCAGUGGGUUCUGGAUCGACGGCCAAACGGCCUCCCCUCGCAGCUCGCCAUUCUUUUGCAGGAUUUGGAAAGGAUGGGAAGACGACCGUUUCCCGCGAUUUCGAGCGACCCCGUGCAGCAUCUCGGGCACAUAGCAGUUUAGCUCGUGCGCCUGCGCAUGGCAACGGCACCGAUGAUAAGUCCCUUGGCGGCGCGGAGGUGCCUGGCACGCAGCCAUAUCAACCAAGGGACAGCCCGAUUACCCAGAACUCUCCACUGGUCGUCUUCCCGAUACCCAGAGCCCUCGAGGUCGAGCCCGACCCGCUCAUCAAGCGGACUGGCGUGGUCAGGCUGUUCGGUCGUACAAAACCAGCAGUCCUGACACGCGAGUAUGCCCACGAUCCGGCGGGGUCUCCCCGCGGUCAGGGAGAGUCAAUACCGCAGACGCCUGACGAUAAAGAUCAGACCACGCCGGCUGCUGAACCCCCAAGAGAUGUCCCCAAGACACCAACACGAUCCACGCACCCACGUCCUGGAGCCGGAUCGAGUCUCAAUCCCCAUGCCGCUCUUCACUCGAAGAAUGCGCACCUUCGGGGGAACAGCCUGUCGUUCUUGUAUCCCGACGACGUCUAUCGACAUACUGAACUUUACGAAGAAUAUGAACAGGCGCCCCCGUCUCCCUGGUCCCAGUCUCCGGCACCUUCCCCUGCUCCUAAGUUGCAUCCUGAGCAGAAUCCGUUCUUUUCUACCCACACAGUCGAUGAGGAAGCUUUUGCGCAAAAUCCUCCGAAGCACGACUAUUCCAAAGUGGAACCUCUUGAGGCUAUCGGGGUGGAGGAGCGAUCCAAGUCAGUGGUCCAUAUUCCUCUUCUCCAUACAACAUCAUCGAAACAGGAAUCUCCUAUGACGUUGAGAUUCCCCGUCGCAAUCAUAUCGUUUUUGUCACCAAUCGUCCCCUAUCCGGCGAAUUUGAGACAAUCUCUCACGUACCUUAUGCCUCACUUGACCGCGUCUUUCUGCCUGGCGCAACAGUACAGUCAGCUCGAAAGGCAGAUCUCUGUCGGCCCUGAGAACCCGCGCUACGGCCAUCUUCUUGGUCUUGGUGGAACGUUCUCUGAUGCAAGCAGCGAGUUGGAGCUCGUGGCUGGUCUCAGCGGGCACGUGAACUAUGCACUUACUGAUGAAGGUUCACUGUCUGCUCGCGCAAGUCUCUCAACUCCAGAUGACGGCUUGACAAAGAUAAGCCCAGCGAUGUCGACUUCUGGCACGCCUGCCUUUGAGUUGAACAAUUCCAUGUCAGCGGAUGGGUCGAACUUCACCUCUUCCUCUGCUCCCAAGCAGAGUAAUGAGACAAUCGAUAGCUACUUCAACAUCGUCCAGACGAACAGUCCCCAAGGGGCCCCUCCCACGCAAACCCGGUCGAAACCCGCUAGAUCCAAGCAGAAUAUCUCAUCGAGCCCCACAUCGCCUGUAAGAGCUAGAGCGAGGAGCGGUGGCGGUGUCGAAUUGCUCGCCCCUCACGAUACAGGUCUUCCUUCGUUAUCUAAUGCGUUGGACGUCAGGCCUCCUCCCGGUGUUGCGGCGCCGUCAGCAACAUCGCGCAAUCAGUCUACAAACUCACUUAUGGCACAACUACAGCGCGAUAUCCAGCGACCAUUCCCAGACACUAUUGCGCAAUUAAUGCUCAACUCGGUGCCUCUUCAUCUGUUUCUUGCCAAGCCCCAGUCGGGUGAAGUUAUAUGGACCAAUGCGAAAUUCGACGCUUACCGAAGAAGCCAACCACACGAGCAGCGAGUUAGGGAUCCUUGGCAGAAUAUUCACUCGAGUGAACGGGAGCAUAUUUCGAAAGAAUGGCAGAAGGCCCUGCGUACUGGCUCGCAGUUCACAGAGAGAGUCCGGGUUAAGCGAUUCAACGAUGAAGCCGCCUAUCGCUGGUUCAUUUUCCGUGCAAAUCCUCUGCUUUCAGGAACAGGAGAGUUGCUCUACUGGAUUGGCUCUUUCCUUGACAUUCAUGAGCAACAUAUUGCGGAAUUGAAGGCUACUCAGGAGAGAGAGAGAUUCGCGACGGAUGCUAAAUACCGGGCUCUAGCGAAUUCCAUCCCGCAAGUUGUCUUUGAGGCUGCUGAGCACCGCGGCCUCAUCUCGGCCAAUGAGCAAUGGCAUCUGUAUACCGGACAGAAAAUUGAAGAUGCUAUGAACCUAGGGUUCACAAAGCAUAUCCAUCCUGAUGACCUGGAGAAAUGUGGUAUAAUCGCUCUCGACCAGCCUGAUCUCCAGAAGAGGGUCGCGGGAACUUCAGAGUCAGCGUCCACAGACGAAGAUGUGGAUACGGACAAGUCCACUAAUCAUCGUUUCGCGCGCGGCGUGACUCCAGCCCUCGAUGAGCUGGUGAGACGCGGAGUCGUCCAGGUUCAGAAAGACGAGAACGGCCGCGUAUUCUACUCGACGGAAAUUCGACUUCGUUCAAAGGGAGGCGAUUUCCGCUGGCACCUCGUUCGGUUGGUGAAAGUCGAGACCAACUUCGGGAACAGAGAAGCUUCCUGGUAUGGGACGUGUACCGACAUCAACGAUCGCAAGCUGUUAGAGCGCGAAUUGAACAAAGCGAUGCAGCAGCUCAAUAAGGAAAUGGAGUCGAAGACCAAGUUCUUUAGCAACAUGUCCCACGAGAUCAGAACUCCCCUGAAUGGAAUUCUGGGUACUAUCCCAUUCAUCCUGGAUACCCAGCUGGACAAUGACCAGAGACGAAUGCUCGACACUAUCCAGAACAGCUCCACGAACUUGAGGGAGCUGGUUGAUAACAUCCUCGAUGUCUCUCGUGUCGAGGCUGGAAAGAUGAGCUUGGUUAACGCAUGGUUCCAUGUCCGGUCGGUCGUUGAGGACGUGAUCGACACCAUCGCAUCAAGAGCGAUCGAUAAGGGUCUCGAGAUUAACUAUCUGAUGGACGUCGAUGUUCCAGCUAUGGUCAUUGGAGAUAGAUUUAGGAUUCGACAGGUUCUCAUCAACCUCAUGGGUAAUGCCGUCAAAUUCACGUCGUCAGGGGAGAUCUACACGAGGUGUUCCAUCUACAGAGACCCUUCCGUGCCUCUCAGAUCAAGUGAGAUUCUGCUGUACUUCGAGGUUGUGGAUACUGGCAAGGGCUUCAGCGCAGCAGAUGCUGAGCGUCUGAUGCAGAGAUUCAGCCAAAUUGGAGGCAGCGGUUCGCAGCAACAUGCUGGCAGUGGACUUGGCUUGUUCCUGUCUAAACAACUGGUUGAGAUGCAUGGGGGCAAGUUGACUCCUAGUAGUAGGGAAGGACAGGGAGCCAAAUUCUCCUUCUACGUGAAAGUGGAUGCGCCUCCUCCGCCUACGCAAGACGAGCCGCCACUUACACGGCAGUCAUCCAGUCUCUCCGAAGCACCUACAGCUGUCUCAAACUCGAGUCCUAAGCAGAGAAUCCCCCUGCUGUCUAAGGAUUCAGGCGAUUCUAAAACUGAUCUUCAGGAACUCUCGCCAACUCAUGAGGCUCCAAUGAAGUCUCCAGGCAUUACCGUGACUAACCAUCAGUCAGAAGGCUCUUCCGCCGUUCAGACUCCCGAGUUGCAAGCCCUCGAACCUCCCAUCAAGAUGGAUGGUACUCCCAAAGAAGGCAUUCUUGAUUCGUCAGAAUCCUCUGGUCGUGAGAGGACAAGGUCGCUGGCAUCAACGAGUGGUGACACCAUUAGGCCAACGCCAAGUAGCUGGAUGGAGUCUACUCUGCUAAAGAAUGAGACUCGGGAUUCCUCGUCAGGGUCGCCUCUCCCGGCUUCCUACUCGGUCAUGAUAAUCUGUCCUCUCGACAACGCCCGCGAAGCUGCCAGACAACAUAUCGAGCAAGUCAUUCCCCAUGAGAUCCCGUCCACGAUAACCACUCUACCGGACGUAGAAGACUGGAAGGACCUGGUAAAUGCGGGCGACUGCCCUUCUCUGACCCAUCUAGUCCUUAGUCUGCCAUCGGUAGAGGAUGUCUUCGAGGUCAUGCAGUACGUACUGCAGGGCGAAAAGGACGAUGUCCCGGCUAUCGUUAUCAUGUCGGAUCUCUACCAGAAGCGGCAGAUCAACUCAAAGAUCGAGGAGCUCAUUGCGGCAGACAGGAAGGUGUACACAGUCCCAAAGCCGGUUAAGCCAUCUGCAUUCUCGAGCAUCUUCGAUCCGGAGAACAGACGCGAUCUGAGCAAGGAUCGUAAUCAGGAUAUGGCCAGAGAAAUCAACAAUAACUUCAAGACUAUGUCUAAGAUUGUGAAAGAAGUUAUUGGAAACAAGGGCUACAGAAUCUUGCUCGUCGAGGACGACGAGACUAAUCGCAUGGUUAUGUUGAAGUAUCUCGAUAAGAUCAAGGUUGUCUCUGAGACGGCUGGAAACGGUGAGGAGUGUACUGAGCUGGUCUUCUCGAAAGAACCCGGGUACUACUCCUUGAUCAUUUGCGACAUUCAAAUGCCCGUCAAAAAUGGUUACGACACUUGUCGGGAGAUCCGCGCGUGGGAACAAAAGAACCACUUCCCCCAGAUUCCGAUAAUGGCGCUCUCUGCGAAUGCUAUGACGGAUCAGAUCGAUGAUGCCGCACGUGCCGGUUUCAACGACUAUGUGACGAAGCCGAUCAAACAUAAUGAACUCGGCAAGAUGAUGAUGGGAUUGCUGGAUCCCUCAACGCCUCAGGUCUUGCUUCGGGAUCGUCGUCGAACUCGACAUGACAUCCAACGUAGUACCUGAAACAGGAAAAAAAGAACAUGCAGUCUGGUUAUUGAUUCAUCUGUGAUUCG